UGGCAGGGCAGAGGCGCUGCCGGCAGCCGGUGCAGGAGAGGGGCGCGGCGAGGAUAAGGCGACCCCGGGCGGCAUGGGCUGCAGCGAGAGCAGCCAGGGCGGCAGGAAGGUGUCCUUCGGGCUGGAUGAGCGGGAGCGAGUCCGGGUGCUGCAGGGCAUCAGGCUCACUGAAGAUGUAGUGAACCGGAUGAAAGGAUCCUCUCAAAGCAGAAGGGAGAACCAGAGAUCUCCCCGAGCAGCCAAUGGCACAGCUCCCUCCUCACUGGCUGCAGAAGGGAAACCCAGACCUACAGAAAUUCAGCCACCAAAAGCAAGUGACUCUUCUGCAGAACAGGAACUCUACAGGAGGUAUAUGGAGGAGCAGGCACUGGUCCAAGAGGAGCUGCUCCGGCUGGCCAAGAGAGAAAGGGAAGCAGCCAGUGAGGCCAAGGAAAGGAUUGGCAUUAUUGAGGAGAGGCAGAGAGCAGCCCAGCUGCCUGUGGAUUUGGAUGCCUGGAUUCCAUCUGAAUCGUGCAGAGGGGCUGUGGAGCUGCAAGGCUGGGAGGCAGACCUGAAGCGACAGGAGGCCUUCUAUCAAGAGCAGUUGGCCCGCAUUGAGAAGAAGAAUGCAGAGAUCUACAAGAUGACAUCCGAGCAGUAUCAGGAGGCAGCCACCAAGGCAGAGGAACGGAUAAAGAGGAGGAAUGCUGAUCCUAUCUGUGCAAAUCUGCAGUCUGAAAUCAUGAAGUGCUACCAAGAAAACAAACGUGAAGUGCUCAAAUGCUCGGAGCUGGCAAAGGAAUAUCAGCGCUGUGUUAGUGCAGCUCAUAAGGAGCUGUUUGUUAAUUCUGGAUAAACAUCAUCCACCAAAGAGCAGAGAACAGGGACCAUGGACGCCCUUGGAAGCUCCAGCAUCCUUCUAGACAGACACUGACCAAAACCAGUGCCUUCUGCCCUUCAUGACCAAGACAAUACAACAUGAUUCCUCUUCUAACUGCCUGCAUGUAUCAGUCUGGUUGGACAUUCCUGGGGUUGGGAGAAGGGUCUCAGGAGCAGGGGAUGCUAUAGUUUCUUUUCAUUGCUUUGCAAUGUAAAGAAUGUGUUGACCCCAGGUGCUUCCAGCAUAGCUUAUAGCUUAGGGUCUUGCUCCAACACAAGCCUGGUUUACCCAGUUCUAACUUUGGUUUCACCAACGUACAUCUGAAUUUCUGGAGCUGUUGCCUCUGUUUGUUUGCUCUGGAGAAAGGGGUCUGAAGUAUUUGGAAGUAACCCGGAGUAGCUUGUUAGGAUUAACUGUUCCUAGCAUGCUCCCAUGGGUUACACCAGCAGGCACAUUCCUUUCCUUCCAAGGUUCCCUCCUAAACAAUAAAGUGUUUAACAGUCA